GGUGUUCGCAUUCUCUUUGAUCUUGGCUAUAUGAAAGAUCUAAUGGGUGAAAUUUCUGCUGUCAGACGAGAAGGUACAUUUGUCCGAAGUACCAUUGAUGGUGAGGUUCAGCUGCUGAAUUUAAAGAACUUGAGACGUGUUCGUGUUGUUGGUCCAAUUGAAGUUGAUGGAGUUGAUAAUAUGGUCAAUCUGAGAAAUCUAUCUCAAAUGACCAUUUUGGACAAUUUAAAAAUCCGCUACAACAAUAAAAACAUAUAUACAUAUAUUGGAAACAUUCUUGUUACUGUGAAUCCCUACGUUGAUCUUCUUAUUGAUGGGUUGGAUGUUAUGUCAACUUACAGAAACCAGCCCAUGGCUUCAAUGCCCCCUCAUGUUUAUGGCAUAGCAGAAGGCAUGUAUCAAAACUUAUUACACGAUGGAGUCGAUCAAGUUGUGAUUAUAAGUGGUGAAUCAGGUGCUGGAAAGACUGAGGCAUUCAAAAGAAUUCUGCGUCAUUUAGCAGCAUCUAGCGAAGGUGAGCAAAUUACAUGGGGCUCUGCCGCUCAAGGAGUCCUUGAAAGCACACCACUUCUUGAGAGCUUCGGUAACGCCACCACUUUAAGAAAUGACAACUCAUCUCGAUUUGGAAAGUUUGUUGAAGUCUAUUUUGCCGGUCCGUCGAUAACAGGGGCUCGGGUGACAAAUUACCUCCUCGAGAAAUCUCGGGUUGUUCAACAAGCAUCCGGUGAAAGGAACUAUCAUAUUUUCUACCAGCUUUUAUCUGGUCUGGAUAAAGAAACUAAAGACGCGCAUCACCUUACUUCUGUUAAUGAUUACGCUUAUCUUCAAUAUGGCAAAGCCAGUAAAGUGGCUUCCAGAUCCGAUCCAGAAGCUCUGCAAGUUCUGUUGAACUGCUGGUCGAAUUUACGUUUUACUGGAGAUGACAUGGAUCUGUGUCUGCGUAUAAUGUCUGGUAUUCUACACUUGGGUAACGUCGAGUUUGGAGAACGAGAUGAAGUUAGUUACAUCAAGAAUCCCGAAAUACUGAACAUAAUUGCCAAUGAAUUGGGAAUUAACAAACAAAUUCUUGCUAAUGUUCUCACGACGAAAGUUAUGGAAACUCGAAAUGAAGCCGUUCGAAGUCCAGUGAAUGAGAUGCAAGCCAAAGUGAAUCGUGAUUCCAUAGCGAAGUAUCUUUACUCAAAGUACUUUGAACUUCUAGUCGAGGAAUUAAAUCGACGACUUGCUCCUCCCGUGACUGAUGGUUCAGGUUCCGCUCCCUGUAUUUCUCUUCUUGAUAUCUACGGUUUCGAAAAUUUGCCAUGUAAUUCACUAGAGCAACUAUGCAUUAAUUAUGCCAACGAGAACCUCCAACUCUUCUUCAAUCGAUACGUCUUCGAGUUGGAGCAGUCGGAAUACUCCAGUGAAGGAGUGAGCUGGAGUUAUAUUACCUUCCCCGAUAACAGAGUGAUUAUCCAACUGCUGACUGGAAAACCCGACGGCAUCUUCCAUAUUCUCAAUGAUGAGGCCUACCUCGGUCAGGUGAGUCGAAGGAGUCAUCAAUAUUUCACUCUCAAUCCUUCUCUCAUCAAAAGUUCACAGCGGUCUGGAAAUGACAAAUCUUUCAUCCAAAAAAGUCAUGCCACCCACAAAAGCAAUCCUCACUACGGAGUUCCCAAGAUUUCAAGCUCAUCUGAAUUCCUGAUAGUUCAUUUUGCUGGAACAAUCGCUUAUUCGACUGACGGUCUAGUUGAAAAGAACCGUGACAGAAUAAGACCGGAAGCUCUAGAUAUGCUUUGUGGAAGUACCCAAGAGCGGGUGGCAUCCAUUUUCCUUCCAUCAAAUGCCCAACAAAAUAAUCGGACAUCACAAGUUGGAGUGGCCUCGCGGUUUGGUAGGUCACCAACUCUCCUUGACAGUUUCCACACCUCUCUUCUCGCUCUAAUGGAAACAAUGAAGACGUAA